GGCAGCUUCUGCACAGUUGCGGGCUGCUCUUAGUCCAGCGCCAAACAUUUCUAGUGCUUUAAAAUAAAUCACCAAUAAGGGCCAUUUUUCCCCUCUGCAGUUUUUCCCUUUUUUCCUGUCCACACCUAUGCAAAAUGCCCUUGCUGUUGCUCUCUGUCCUUCAGCAGAUAGCCUUUCCUGGUUUGGAAAAAAAAAGAUGAAUCAGCAGGAAAAAAGGGGCCCAUUGCUAAUGCCUUUGGGGCAGUGACCUGGUUCCUCCAUAGUGCUAAACCAUAGCUGGUUUAAACAUGGCGUAUUGGCGCCGUAUGAAAAGCAGACAAAUGACAGCGUGGCUUCGUUCAAAGGAUGUGUCCUGUCUGUGUCUGGUUUACCAAAGGGAAAACCGACCAGUUCCUGAACCCGGUCCCAAUGAAGUGCUUUUGAAAAUGCACUCCGUUGGAAUCUGUGGGUCUGACGUCCACUACUGGCAACAUGGACGAAUUGGAAAUUUUGUGGUGAAGGCUCCGAUGGUGCUAGGGCACGAAGCUUCAGGAACCGUUAUUAAAGUAGGGUCUUCAGUAACCAAGUUAAAGAAAGGUGAUCGAGUAGCUAUUGAGCCUGGAGUUCCCCGGGAGAUUGACGAAUUCUGCAAAAUUGGGCGUUACAACCUAUCUCCAACCCUUUUUUUCUGUGCAACCCCUCCUGAUGACGGGAACCUGUGCCGUUAUUACAAGCACGAUGCCAACUUUUGCUACAAGCUUCCAGACAAUGUCACCUUUGAGGAAGGAGCCCUUGUUGAACCUCUUUCUGUAGCAAUUCAUGCCUGCAGAAGAGCUGAGGUGACGCUGGGUAGCAAAGUCUUCAUUUGUGGUGCUGGACCUAUUGGGCUUGUGACUUUGCUUAUUGCUAAGGCAAUGGGGGCUGCCCAAGUGGUGAUUAGCGAUUUGUCUGCCCCACGGCUCGAAAAAGCUACAGAAAUUGGGGCUGAUUUCACCAUCCAGGUAAAGGGGCAGAGUCCUGAGGAGCUGGCCAGUGUGGUGGAAAACAUGUUGGGUUGUAUGCCUGACAUUACCUUGGAGUGCACUGGGGCCGAAGCCUGCAUCCAGACUGGAAUAUAUGCAACCCGUUCUGGUGGGACUCUGGUUUUGGUGGGUCUGGGCCCAGAAAUGGUCACCUUGCCCAUUGUGAAUGCAGCUGUGCGGGAGGUGGACAUCCGUGGGAUAUUUAGAUACUGCAAUACGUGGCCCAUGGCAAUUGCUAUGCUUGCAUCGAAAAAAGUCAAUGUGCAGCCACUGGUGACACAUCGGUUUCCUUUGGAAAAGGCAACAGAAGCGUUUGAGGCAACUAAGAAAGGCGUUGGGAUAAAAAUUAUGCUGAAAUGUGAUCCAAAUGACCUGAAUCCCUGAAAAAAAAUGUCAUGGUGCUCCAUUCUACUCUCCUGCUAGGGAGGAUUAAGUACAUGGAGAAGAAAACUUAAACCAAAAAAUCAAAGCCUUAAAAUGUGUGUUAAUGUAGAGCACUGUCAAGGAAACAAAUCUUACGCAAAUUAUUUUGAAACUUGACCUUCUUUAACCUAGAAAUAGACCUUGAAGUCAGAUGAAGAAAUGACAUCUGUUCAGACUCUUAGAGGUGAAAUGUGUAGUUGGAACCAGCAUGGAAUCAUAAAAUUCGGCCUCCAGAUCCAAUUUUCUGCACAAUGCAUGAAUAUUCAACUUUUAUGAGGUUGUAUUAUUUCAGGACCCGCUCCCAUAAGAAACUCUCCAGAUACACGACACUGCAAGAGGAAUCUGCAACAGCUGUGUCUGUUUGGGCAUGCCAGCUCAUCAAUUCUGCCCUCUUCCAGCAGUUUUCAUCCACACCCCAAUUUUCUCUGUAGCUAUUAAUCAGUAUUCUUUUUUAGGUCCCUUUUUCCUAAAGUUUUUUUUUUUUUUAAGUUCUGCAGAACUUGGAGUUCUGUCCUUUGCAUGUGUGCUAUUGUUUCAGCUUGAACCAAAAGGACUGGCAGUGGAGAGUUGAAAUUAUUUGUUCCUACAAGCCUUCCUCAACUUACAAAAUUGUUGAGUUGGAUGGGGCCAUUUCAACUAGUGAUUUCAACCCUUUGGCCCAUUGAGAGGAAUUCUAAUUUAAGCAUCCUGGACAGAUAGUUAUCAAUCGUCUGCUUGAGUGUUUCUGGCAAAGGAAAACUUAUAAUCUCUCUAGUCUUCAUUUGUUUAGUGGUCUUCUAACAUUCAACUAGAAUGUGCUGUCUUGUAACUUAUCAAUGAUUCCAUGUCCUCCAUAAUGAGCAGAUCAUGGCCUUCUCCUAUGUUGGUACCCUUUUGGUUAUUGAUUCAGAGUAUUAAACAACCUUUUUCAACCUUCUCCCUCAAGGCAAAACAUAGCUGGUACUCUCAAUUUCUCUUUUGAUGUUGUCUAGAGGUGUUGAUACUGCAGGUCCAAAAAUUCCCAAAUAGUGGCCAUAAUCUCUACAUAUCUGAAAGGCAUCAGGUUGAGGGAAUGUUCUUAAGUGAGACAUCAGGACUGAAGGUUCCAACUCAGCAUUCUAAUUUUGUAUACGUAUAUGUGUAUGGAUCCAUCUAAAUGCAAUCCCUAUACAAUGCCUGAAAGAACAGCCCUGCGUGUCUGUCCCAAUCCACUUCCUUCAGCUAGUGCAUACUUAGAAGCUACUGCACACCAUGUACAUCACCUAAGAAGUUCCUGCAGGAAUUAGGAUGAAGUUCUAGACCAGUUUACAUGUAGACAUGGGAAUAUACAAAUAGCUGUUAGAAGCUUUGUACUAUAAUCUUGUAAGAAAUGCCUAAAGUAUGAAUGAGGUAGAAUGGCACAGAACGUAGGGCUAUCAAAUGUCCAUCCCAUCCUAAGAAUUCCUUCCUUCCUUCCUUCUCCUUCCUUCCUUCCUUCCUUCCUUCCUUCCUAUUGGUAAAUGAUGCUAGAAACCUCCUGCAGUUCCAUCCUACCUCCAUAUCUCCUGGAGAAUCUUGAGGUCAUGGGUUAUUAGUUCACUGAAGAAUGUAUACCUCUUCUAGCCUUAGCUGCUUUAUGUAUGUAUAGUUGUACCUGUUUGUGGAAAUAGCAUCAUUGUUGCUCUGGUGCUCAGAUCCCCAGCAAAUACAACUAUUGUAUCCUGGUUUUGCAUCUUGCAGAGAUGACUUCAGCCCUUACUGUUGGAACAAGAACCAUUUCCUUGUAAAGCCGUACCCCCUCGUGGAAUGUAGACACAUGCCAAUAGGUGGAGAACUUAGGUGGGUCUGUUAUUUGGAAGUGCAAAGUGCCAGAUUGACAGUUUGGAACACUCAAGUCCUAUGUCUUCCCUAAGAGCCUAAUAUGGUAACUCCAGGGGAAACCUUUCACUCACAAAGCCCUGGUACGUCAGGCCUGUUCUUCAUGGUUAAAAUUUAUCCUCUGAUGUUGCUUGAGCAAAUAAAAGAAGAAAGUAGCUUUUGUUGAGUCUGUUGUAAUGGCUCAGAGUCUUUCAUGGUUUGGUUGUUCCGCAAAUUGAUUCUUAGGUCUUCUCCUUUUGUUUGAAAACUCAGGGCAAUAAGGAAAUAAAAUGGUUCUACUAAG